UAAGCUAUUGUCACCUCCGUCGGUCCAUCCUCAAUCAUUCCAGUAGUAGGUCUCUGUUUUUCGAUAUUCUGGUUCAGUAACCGGGCCGAAUUUGUUUUCGACUUGGUCCGAUAACCGGAUUUCGACCCAUAUUCAACUCGGACUGAAAUCCGUAUUGCAAGACCUUGAUCUGUUUGGUCCGGAUACGGGUUGUCUAACCGGGGUACCCGGGUUUAUUUAAAAACCACCCCGUUUCUUAAUAGGUUUUAGGAUUAGUCUUCAGGAUUCCGGCGGAGUUCCGCCGCCCCUACUCGUUUCCUCUCUCUCUCUCUAGUGCCGAAACCAGCUUCCUGUGCCGAUCAAGGGAUCGUCUUCAUCCUCGUGCCGUCGUCUUGUUUUGUGGUCUCUGUUUGUUUUGUUCCUGUUUUGUGCCGUCGUCUCACUCUCUCUCUCUCUCUCUCUCUCUCUCUCUCUCUCUCUCUCACGCCGAAAACCUAGCCUCUUCUGCCGAUCAAAGCGUCGUUUUCAUCCUCGUGCCGUCGUCUUCAUCCACGGCAACUAGUUUGAGUUGUUGCAAACAAAAGCAAUGGAGAAGAAACCGAGUAGAAAGCGAAAGAGGGCGAAACGUCUCAAGUCUCAGAACAAGAAGCUUCGUCAUGAGAAGGACGAUUCUGUGGCAGUUGAAGAUGUCGAUGAACGUCAAGAGGAAGAAAAAGAAGAACCUUCUGCUUCUGCUUUUGCCAAGCGUACAAAAUCGCAGGGCUUCUCUAAGUCCUCUACUUUUCUCAAUAAGAUGAAAGCGAGGUUAUCAGGAGGGCAUUUCAGGAUGAUUAACGAGAAGCUAUACACUUGCACUGGCAAAGAGGCACUUGAUUAUUUCAAAGAGGACCCGGCAUUAUUUAAUGUGUAUCAUGCAGGAUAUCAAGAGCAAAUGUCACAUUGGCCAGAACAGCCAGUUAAUAUAAUUAUAAAGUGGCUAAAGGAUAGCAGCCCUUCUUUGGUUGUAGCUGAUUUUGGCUGUGGAGACGCACGCCUUGCAAAAAAUGUAAAGAAUAAAGUAUUCUCCCUUGAUCUUGUUUCAAAUGAUCCUUCAGUAAUUGCAUGUGACAUGUCCAAGACACCUCUCGAUACUUCAGUCAUCGAUGUUGCUGUUUUCUGUCUUUCACUCAUGGGGACCAACUUUGCAAGUUACCUCAAGGAAGCACACAGAGUCCUUAAGCCAGGUGGCUGGCUUUUGAUAGCUGAAGUAAAGAGCAGGUUUGAUCCAAACACUGGAGGAGCAGAUCCAAAAAAAUUCUCAAAAGCAGUUUGUGAGCUAGGAUUUACCUCUGAGUUAAAGGAUUUCUCGAACAAGAUGUUCAUUUUAUUAUACUUCAAGAAAAAGGAUAAGCAAAAUCCCAACAGGAAGGAAAUCGAGUGGCCUGAACUGAAACCUUGUUUGUACAAGCGGCGCUGACACCAAAGGCAUGUAUGCGUUUUCGUUUUAUUGCCAUCCUGGACAAACUGAGAAGAGAAGGCAUGUAUGUAAGAUACUGGCUCAAGUGCCAAAUUUUAUGAAUUAUUUACUCAUUUUUUCUUCAA